AGAGGAGGCGGAGGAGGAGGAGAAGGAGGAGGAGGAUGCUGUGUGAUUGGCCGGGCGGGGACUGGUAGUCCGGAGGCUGGCGUUGUGCUGCGCGUUGAUCCCCGUGUGCUUGUUUACACCUUGCUCGCGGGGACGAGACGAGACACCCAGGGGCCCGAGAGCAGAGCCGGGAGUCCAGUCACCUGUGGACGCGGGCAAAAGUGGCCGCGUCCCCCCCCCCCUCGCGUGGUCCCUAUUCUACGGCCGCCGAAUAAGUUUGUCUCGUGCUGGGAAUCUGUCUCUGUUUAUGAUCCAGAGCAGCAAUGCGUCAAACUUUUUGGGGACUUCCGAGGCACCACUGCGUUUGUGUCUCCCAGGCGAGCAGAGUCACUCCAGCUGGAAAUUAAAUCUGCCAGGAAUUUGUUGCAGGAAUCCCGGUGGGUGAUUCCCAGUGGCUGGUAUCUGCGGACCUCUUUCAACUUUGAUUACGCCGCUGAACUAUUCACCAGAAUAUCCGCAUCCAACACCAGUCACUGGACUCUGUUGUAUUUUGCUUUUCCAUUAUAAAUUUAUUAGGAGAAGAGACAUUUUUUUGCACAAGAGCGACUUGUGUCAAAAACACAGCAAGUAUCGCUGCGGGGGGGGGGGGUGAAAAGCCCCGGGACGUUUCGCAACGGCGUAUCCGGAAAAGAUGCUCUCUGUUCGGAUGCAGCGUGGGGAAGGGAUCGGUCCUCUGGUUCUUCUCCUCCUGGUCGGGGGAUUGGUGUCCGGCACUGAGAGCAGCGACUACAGCGAGGCAGAGGUUCUCCCUGACUCCUUCCCGUCAGCGCCGGCAGAGCCUCUCCCAGAAUUCCUGCUGGAGCCGGAGGACGCUUUCAUCGUGAAGAACCGGCCGGUCCAGCUGCGGUGCCGCGCGUCACCCGCCACCCAGAUCUACUUCAAAUGUAACGGAGAAUGGGUCAAUCAAAACGAUCACGUCACCAGAGAGAGCCUGGACCAAGUCACGGGGCUGGUGGUGCGAGAGGUGGACAUCUCUGUGUCGAGGACUCAGGUGGAGGAGCUGUUUGGGUUGGAGGACUACUGGUGCCAGUGUGUGGCCUGGAGCUCGGCCGGGACCACCAAGAGCAACCGUGCCUACGUUCGCAUUGCAUACCUGAGGAAGAACUUUGAGCAGGAGCCACUGGGGAGGGAGGUGCGACUCGAACAGGAGGUGCUGCUUCAGUGUCGCCCCCCAGAAGGCAUGCCUGCUGCUGAGGUGGACUGGUUGAAGAACGAGGACGUCAUCGAUCCAUCGCAGGACUCCAACUUCCUGAUCACCAUCGAUCACGAUCUGAUCGUCAAACAGGCCAGGCUCUCUGACACGGCCAACUACACCUGCGUGGCUCGUAACGUGGUGGCCAGGAGACGCAGCAGCACGGCCACUCUUAUUGUUUAUGUAAGCGGAGGUUGGUCGUCUUGGACUGAAUGGUCAGAGUGUAAUGCUCGGUGUGGGCGGGGCUGGCAGCGACGGACACGCAGCUGCACCAAUCCUGCCCCUCUGAAUGGAGGAGCCUUCUGUGAAGGCCCACCCUUCCAGAGAGUGACCUGCACCACACUUUGCCCAGUGGACGGAGGCUGGACCGACUGGGCGAAGUGGUCCGCCUGUGGGACAGAGUGCACCCAUUGGCGCAGUCGCGAGUGCCAGGCCCCCCCACCUAGAAACGGCGGAAAGCACUGCAGUGGCAGCAUGAUGGAGAGCAAAAACUGCACGGAGGGCUUGUGUGCACGCAAUAAAAAGAUUUCUAUUGAACAUGCAAGCCAUCCGCUCGCCCCAGGUAUGAGUGUGGCGGUCUAUGCAGGUCUGGUGGGGGCCCUGCUGCUGUGUGUGGUCCUGGUGCUGUGCGUGGGAGUGCUGGCAUAUCGCCGCAGAUGCCGCCAUCUCCAUGGAGACAUCACUGAUUCUUCUUCUGCUCUCACUGCGGCCUUUCACCCUGGCAACUACAAGCCUCCCAGACAGGAUAACCCUCACCCUCUGCAUCCCUCAGCUCCACCGGAUCUGACAGCCACAGCGGGGACCUUCCGCGGGCCGCUCUUCUCCCUGCAGCAGGCGGUCAAUGACAGCCCCCACAAAAUCCCCAUGACCACCUCGCCCUUGCUGGAUCCAUUGCCAAGUCUCAAAAUCAAGGUGUACAACGCCUCCACUCUCUCCUCCCUGGAGCUCCCCGCGGACAUGGGCUUGUGCGAUGGGGAGAUCCUCAGCCUAAAGUCGGUGAGCACUAUGGGCAGAGAGCGAGAUUACCACAGCCACACCCUCUCCAGGGAGCCCGGGCUGAGCACCAGCGCCACCAUGGGUCACCUGGGAGGACGCCUUACCAUCCCCAACACUGGUGUGAGUCUGCUGGUCCCGCCGGGCACAAUACCGCAGGGGAAGUUCUAUGAGAUGUACCUCAUUAUCAACAAGUGGGACAAAACAACGUUACCCUCUGAGGGAAGUCAGACGGUACUAAGUCCUGUGGUGAGCUGUGGCCCCUCCGGUAUGCUGCUGAAUCGCCCCGUGGUUCUUACUUUGCCCCACUGCGCCCAGCUCGACACACCCACACCUGACUGGACGCUCACACUCAAGACGCAGACUCACCAGGGGGCGUGGGAGGAGGUGCUGACGGUGGGAGAGGAGACGUUGUCGUCUCCGUGCUACUUGCAGCUGGAGGAGGAGUGUUGUCAUGUUCUGAUGGAGCAGCUGGGAACAUACGGUCUGGUCGGACAGUCCUGCCCUCCCCAGCCUGCCUGCAAACGCCUGCAGUUGGCGCUGUUCGCCCCUCGGGCGCCCUGCCUCUCCCUGGACUACAGCCUCCGUAUCUAUUGCAUCCAUGAGACCCCACAUGCACUCAAGGAGGUGCUGGAUUUGGAAAGAAGUCUAGGAGGAGUUUUGCUGGAGGAUCCAAAGCCUCUGAUUUUCAAAGACAGCUAUCACAACUUGCGCCUGUCCAUCCACGACAUUCCUCACACUCACUGGAGAAGCAAACUUCUUGCAAAGUAUCAGGAGAUCCCGUUCUAUCACAUCUGGAGCGGCAGCCAGAGGCCCCUGCACUGCACCUUUAGCCUGGAGAGAGGAAGCCUGGCCGUGUCACAGAUCGCCUGUAAGAUCUGUGUCCGACAGGUGGAAGGGGAGGGGCAGAUAUUCCAGCUUCACACGGAUAUUCAGGAGACUCUGCCCCCCCACUCACCCCUCCCAUCAGGAGGCACCUGCCUGCCUUCCUCUCAAGUGGGACCCUUUGCCUUUCGCUUGCCUGAUUCCAUCCGCCAGAAGAUCUGUGCCAGUUUGGAUGCACCGAGUGCUCGAGGAUGUGACUGGAGGCUCCUGGCGCGCAGUCUGGGCUUUGACAGGUACUUGAACUACUUUGCAACAAAGCCCAGUCCCACAGGUGUUCUACUGGACUUAUGGGAAGCGUGUCACCAAGCUGACGCAGACUUGGUCUCUUUGGCGACCGCGCUGGAAGAAAUGGGCAAAAGUGAGGUGCUAGUUGUUAUGACAACAGAUGGGGAUUGUUGAUUGGUCAAGGAACACGAGAGCAAGCCAGACCUUUUUUUUUUUCCUCCACCAGGAUGAAAAUAAGAAUACCUGCCGAUGAAUAUGCACAAACCAUAAGCCCGAACAACAUUUUGGUUCCUUCACAUGCAAUGUAUUACCUCUGCCUCAUCUUCCUUUUAAUUGACCCCUGAGUUGCCACUGUAGCCACAUACGGACCGAAGCCCAUUCUUAUAUGAACUGCUAAUCUGAUACUGACUGAAUCCUGCAAAACAAUAUCACAUCUACAAGAUACCAAGGCAAUUUGAGUGUGCUAAAGCGUAAAGUGGGUGCAAAGUCACGUCCUUUGUGGUGUUGACUGUCUUCUUCAAAGAUUGAAAACAAUGUUGACUUUGUAUAUAGAUAACAGAAGCUUUGGGGCAAACAAACAAAAUUCAUGUGUUUACUACUAAAGUACGCAGAAUAUAACAAACAGACAAACACGGGGCUAGCCAUGUUUCAGUUGCAGCAUGGUGCAUCGUUUCCCACCUUCUCACAUGGUGGCAGGGCUUUUGUUUUCUCCAUUGUCAUUCUGUGUGUGCAGUGAAUGACAGGCAGCAGCAACCUGUCGAAAACCUCCUCAGGCUAUAGAAACAGUCCAAAACACACACACGCCCACACACUGAAAAAACGGUCACUAACAGGCUCUGAAUCAGGCUCGGAUUUCUUCUCCAUCCCUCAAGGUUUGAGGGCUUGAGCAUGUCGCUGUGUGCGUUUUGUGGUAAGAGGGUGAAUUCUGAAGUGUAUUUAAGAAUUUGAAGAUAACUAAACCAAUGGACUCUUAAUAUUGUACCCACAAAUGCCUCAAAGCCUUGGCAUAUAAUUCUGACUCACAGGGGGGGGGGGGUUUCUCUUUUCUCUGUCGCUCUGCUACACUCAUCUGAUCUUUUGAGAAUGAACUGCAGACGAGCGUUCUGGUCAUCCCUUAAAAAGUUUCCUUUGGGGAACGCUCUUAUUUAACGUUACUAUCCAUAUUUGUGGAUUUUGUAUUCCCUUGUCAUCGCUGCCACAAUCACACAGAACCUGCUCUAUCAUCUGUGCUCAUUUAGGCUGCUGAGCUGAUGCGUUUGAUUUUUAAUUUUUUU